AUGAAGUUCUACUACGCAGCUAUCACAUUCCUCGCCGGCCUGAUCUCGGUCGUGGCCCAAGGCAUGGACAGUCUCCCAGCAUGCGCUAGAGAAUGUGCUACUGGCGCUAUCCCCAAGACCUGCCAGCCUAUUGAUGUUGGCUGUAUCUGCGGCACCAAAUCUUUCAUCAGCGACAUGUCCUGCUGCGUUGCCAAAUCCUGCUCGCCUCAGGACGAGAAAGCCGCUCUCGGUUUUGCACUACAGCUUUGCAGUGGUGCUGGUGUGACUGAUCUGCCUAGCAGUGCGAGCUGUGCCAACUCGGCAACUUCGACCAAUGCCACCAGCGCCUCUACCACCACUUCUCCCGUCAACUCCUCCGGCAACAGCACUGCUUCCGCAACGACCACCCUCACAGGCACGAAGACUCAGUCUGCAUCGGGAGACACCCAGCCAGCGACCCCCAUCAAGACAAACACUGCAAGCAGCCCCACUGCCACGGGUGGCGGUGUCCCGCUCUUGCCGGAUGCUGAUGCCAGUAUCUUUGCGGUCGUCGGCAUGGCUCUCGUUGCAGUUCUU